AGGACAGGCACCGGUGUGAGUCAGGGCAAACAUGUUGCCAACUAUCAUCAUGCACUUCACUGUAGCGUUGGUGGUACUGCGUACGGCCAUUGGUGUUAAAGGACUCGGAACGACGUUGCCAAAUUUUGAUAACGUCACUGUAUUGGAGAUUGGGUCUUCGGUGUCGCCAUUUAACGAAACUGGCAAUGGCACAGGCGACAUUUGUGACACGACGAAGAUCAGGAUUAUCGGCGGAUCCAAGGCCAGUCAAGGAGAUUUCCCCUACCAGGUUUCAAUUCAACAUAGCGGCUGGCAGCUGAGACACUUCUGUGGUGGUUCCGUCAUAGACGAACAGCACGUCCUUACCGCGGCCCACUGCGUGGACGGUAAAGGCCCCGGUGACAUUCGGGUGAUUGCCGGCGAUGUGAUGCUCGAUCGGUCCAGGUGCACCAGCGUUCGUCGGUCCGUAUCUGCCAUCUUCAUGCACGAGAAUUACGACUAUAACACACUGGAAAACGACAUCGCUCUGUUGAGGGUUACCGAACACUUUCCUCUGGACAGCGAAUUCAUUAUGGCCAUCAGGCUAGCGAACGCUACGGUUCAGGAAGGAACUGCUUGCAACGUUACGGGAUGGGGAAUUGCUGACUCAGGCCCAUCUGAUCUACCGCAAAAUCUCCAGUUUGUGGAAGUUCCUAUCAUAUCAGCGGAGAAUUGCAGUGACGACAAGAACGAGUACGACGUCCGGGACGGAAUGAUCUGCGCGGGGUGUCGGGAGGGGGGGAAGGACUCGUGUCAG